AGUACUUAGUUAUUAUUGCCUGUUUCACAGCGGUGUGGGUCUUUGUUUAUUAUUCCCGGCAGUUUCUUAUCAAGCAUCGUGAAUAUGGAAGACGAAUGGGAGGAGGAGGAGCAGUUGGUUGUGGUUGAGCUCUCUGGUAUAAUUAACUCAGAUUUUUUGACCAAGUGUCAGGGAACCUGCAAGAUACUGGACAUUGACAGUGAGCAGCCAAUGAUGCAGGUGGGAAGAUACGUGUUUGCGGGAGAGUAUGACGAUGCCUUGGGCACCUGUGUGCUCUUCGAGGAGGGACAGUCAAGUGGGGCAGACCCUGAAGCCAGUCCAGAGCUGAGCUAUAAGUGCCACACCGUUAAGAGACUGAUGAUGCAGAGAACCUUCCUUGCUGAGAAAAAGGAAGGAGACAACAGCUCAGGUUACACACACAGAGACUUUCAGUUUCAGCCACUGAGUGACGGAAUGUCCCCAGCCAGACUGGACUCACUCUCUCACUUCAUCCAGAACCCAAAGAGGACCUCCAAGCCAGCAGGGGAAGGGGGAGCACACACGAUGGGGCAGAAGACUGGGUAGAGGGGUCAGGCAGGACACUGUCAGCAACUCCAUUAAUUAGGUUUUACCUCUGAUUUGUAAUUAUAUUUUUGUACUGUGUAUGUUGUUGAAAUAAAUAUGACGCUUUCUAGAA